AUGGUUCAAGAGACAGUUGAGCAGGUUGAGAUGCUUAAGAUGCGGCUUAGGGAAGCCCAUGACCGUCAGAAGAGUUAUGCAGAUAAGCGGCGUAAAGAUUUGGAGUUCCAGGUUGGCGACCUGGUAUACCUGAAAAUGAGGACAUUUCAGGGAGGAUCUAAGACUCGGAAGCUGAAGAAGCUUAAACCGAGAUAUAUGGGACCAUAUCCCAUUUUGGAGCGAAUUGGAGCAGUUGCUUACCGAUUGGAUUUAUCCGAAGAGAAAGUCGUGAGAGAACCAGAGCUCAUUUUGCAGCAGCCGCCCAGUGACCUUGGUAGGAAUUUGCGUGCGCCGUGUCAGCCAGUAGAGCUAUUGGAUCGCCAAGUGAAAGCAGAUGAUGGUAUGAUGACUAUGUUGGUCAAAGUUCGUUGGGAGAGAGAUGGUAUUCAGGAAGAAACUUGGGAGUCCGAGCCCCAGAUGAUGAUUGAUUAUCCGGAGCUUUUCCGGGUUGACAUUGGACAUGACAACUUAUGA